CCUUUAAAAGAAUGGAACCAAAAAAAUAAGUGGAUGAAUUUUUGAGGUUAUCUUUUUGAAGUUUCGAAUAUUUCAAUUCGGUAUCGAGGGUUUUAAUUUUUCUUGUCUAACUACAAUUAAAAAUGGCUAUAAGCACAAUAUUGCGCCGUACUAUAGUCAAUGGAACUUUAUAUUCAGCGGCGGCACUUCGUUUUGCUUCAACCCAACCAGAGAAGAAAGUGUUCUUCGAUGUCUCCGCAGAUGGAGAGCCUCUUGGUCGCAUUGUGAUGAAAUUAAACACUGAAGUAGUUCCAAAAACUGCUGAAAAUUUUAGAGCAUUGUGCACAGGCGAGAAAGGUUUUGGGUACAAGGGUUCCUCAUUUCAUAGAAUUAUCCCAAAUUUCAUGUGUCAAGGAGGAGAUUUUACGAAUCACAAUGGCACUGGAGGUAAAUCUAUUUAUGGUCGCACAUUCCAAGAUGAAAACUUUAAGUUAAAGCACACCGGCCCAGGUAUUUUAUCCAUGGCUAACGCAGGCCCCAACACCAAUGGCUCCCAGUUCUUUAUUACGACUGCAGCAACUCCAUGGUUAGACAAAAGACACGUCGUGUUUGGAGAAGUUGUGGAUGGUAUGGAAGUCGUGACGAAAAUGGAAGGUUUGGGGUCGAAGAGUGGCAAACCCUCUAAAAAAGUUGUGAUUUCAGAAUGUGGUGACUAUGAAAAAGCUCUUAUUGCAUAGAAAAGCAACAAAACAUGGAUUACUUCCAUUAUUUUCAAGGCAGUUUCCUGGAUGAUGAAGAUUUUGUUUUAAUGUUUGGAAGUGAUGAUCUUGUCAGAUUGUUUUAUGGUAAAUGGUAAAUAAAAUGUAGUUUAAAAUAAGUAUGCAAUUUUUAUUAAUCACUAAAUGCAACAAAUUAGUUUAGGAGUUGCUACCAUCAAACAGUUCCAUCCGAGACUGAUGUAACAACUUAUAUACAGCUAAGUCAGUAUCAAGUCUUAUGAACUAUUGUAAUAAGGCAUUUUCAAGAUAAAAACACUCUCUUUCAUAUCAAACUAUUUGUCUCUCUUAACAAAU